GGACACGCUACUACACACCGCCUCUUGGGUUGUAGUUUGGGUUUUACUUUCUCACACGGUACAGAAGGUGGCGCUGUGCUGUAAUACGCUCUCCGGUGCUUUUCACUUCCACCCUACGUCAUUUCCGGCGGCGUUGGGCUCUGUGUUGUCAUGGAGAGACGUCCGUACGGAUUUCAGCGGCCGCGGUUCGGUGGUCAGAAAACAGGGAGUCCGUUCCAAGCGGGUUCCUAUGGUUAUCAGAGCGGCCAGCAAGUCCCGUCGUGUCGGGAAGGAAUACCUCCGGAGACGCAACAUGGACCUCCUCAGUUUAGCUUCCCGGCUCCUGGGUGUUACAGGGCGGCUGUGCCUCCGCAGAACGAGGCCUCCCCAGCUUUUACUCCUCCAGACGGGGGCCCAGAGUUUAGUCUGUCUCCCCAAGCCCAUAGAGGGCCCCAGAAUGCAGGUUUCGAUGUUGGCAUGCUGCAGCAAAGAGGUCCCCCGUCUAGCAUGCCGCAACAUGGCGGCCCCCCUGCUGCAGUACAACAGUCUAGUGGGCCUUGGUUUGACAGACCCCCGGGUGACCUACCUCAGCAGGGUAUGAUACCCGAACGUACCCCACCAGGUGCAAUGCCUCACCAUGCCGGGCAGCUAAGGGGACCUCAAGUUUCUAUUCCCCCACACAGACAAGCACCAGGCUAUAUGCCCCAAUAUGGGGGACCUCAGGGCAGUGUGCCUCGUUGGGGAGGUGCUCAUACUGGGAUGCACCAUCAGGGAGGCCCCUUGGUAACCCCUCCUCAGCAUAUCCCACUCAUGGCUGACAUGUCUCAGGGUGAGGGCUUUCAGGCUGGGAAUUCAGAGCAAGGGAAACCUCAUACCUCCAUGCCCCUUUAUGAAGACAACAGACCAGGGGCUGUAUUGCAUGGCUCUCGGCCUGGGUUUUUUGACUCUAGCGCAUUACCGUUUAUGAGUGAUACAGGCUCUGUAAACGACAGCCAUGUUCAGCAUCCUUUACCCAGAAAUGUUUUAAAGCAGUCUUCCGUUUCCAACAAGAAUUUAGAAGGGGUGAAGCAGAAUAUUUCUGAAUUGAACAGGGGAUAUAGGCACAUGCAGCAGACCAUGAAUUAUGCACCACAAGUGGAACUAAUUUCCUCAGAGAAUUUAAAGGAGCAGUUACCACAACAUGAUCUUUUCGGUGUGCAGCGUGAUGAAUUUGUACAAGACUGUUCCAGCAUACCAAAGAGAGACACUUACUUACACAAACCUUUACCUAAUGCACCUCAUGAUGGCCGUAUUGUUGUACAAGGCAGAAGUACUGUGCAUGGUGAAGGCCCAGCUAGGUUCCAGGAGAGGCAUGGUGAUAAUGUGUUUCUCUUUGGGGACAAUGGACCGUCUGAUAAAGAAAUAUACCAGCAAUGGCUUUCCUCUUUUCUGUCCCACCGUAGAAGGAAGCCGCAAAAAAACGAGCCUGUUAGACACCCAUCUGUAACAGAUGCUCGGGGGUUGGUGUAUAGUGCCUUGCAUUUGGUUACCCAGCUAAGUGCUUUGUGUAAGACUCUUGAGAACUGUGACGAGUCUGCAGAUUCUUGGAAUGAGCAUUAUUCAAAAGCAGUUGAGAUUCGCAUGCAGCUGGAGAAGAAAAUGAAGACGAUAGAGGAGCCCAAUUUUAUUGAAGAUAUAAAGAGGAAGAUCCUAAGGAUUAGAAAAAAAAGGCUUCGUCGGAAGCGUGCAAAAGAAGAUACAGAAGAGGGGAAGGCAGAGGCUGAACAUUUAGCGGAAAAAGAGGCUAGGAUAGAUAGAUGGAGAAUGCAGUGCGUCCAGGAAGUGGAGGAAAAGAAAAGGGAGAGGGAGCUGAAGGCUGCAGCUGACAGUGUACUUUCAGAAGUGAGAAAGAAACAGAGUGACACCAAGAAGAUGCUGGAAGUUCUGAGAUCCCUAGAGAAACUGAGAAAGCUGAGGAAGGAAGCUGCUGCACGGAAAGGCGUCUUUCCACCAACUUCUGCUGAUGAAACAUUUGAGAAGCAUAUCCAGAGGCUUAGAGAAUUGGUGCACACACGCACAACUUUAUAUGACGCAGAAGAGCGGGCGCUAAAAGUUAUUGUAGAUUGUGAGCAGGCUGAAGAAAGAAAAAGGGACAAGGAAAACAGACAGAAAAAAGAAAGAGAGAAGUUCUUCCAAAAGCAGAGAGAAGCAGACGCCAUGUUGUUUGGAGAUGAAGAGCUAUUACCUCCACUUCACCCUCUUCAACCUUUCCGUCAGUAUUACUUGCAAGCAGAGCAAUCUGUGGUUUCACUUGUACAGAUACGGCACGAGUGGGAUCAGUUCCUAGUGCAAGCAGAUCACCCUGAUGCCAGCAGCAUCCCUCGAGGCUGGGUACUUCCAGAGCCCCCAGCUAGUGACACCUGGGCUACAGCUGUGCAGCAGAUCGAAUGAAAAUGUCUUUAUCAUGUGUGGUUAUGUGCAAUGAUUCCUUUCAUUCAUGUACUAGAGAAGGGUUAUAAUUUAUUGUAUUUUCCCUGCCAAACACAUCAGUGGAUGAACGUUACAUUUUGCCAAUAAAUCAUGAAAAGCCCUUAACAGCU